UUUUUUUUUCUUCUUUCUUUUUCUCUCUUUAUUACUAUCUAUUAUUGACAUUAUGUCGAAUGCAACGAGGACUGUUCGUCUAACAGUCAUUGCUGCAGAUGGACUUGUUAAAAGAGACCUCUUUUUCAAGAUGCCAGACCCUUUUGCUGUCGUUACUGUCGAUAACGAACAAACACAUACAACCACUGUGAUGAAAAAGACACUGAACCCUUAUUGGAAUGAAAGUUUUGACUUAAAUGUGACAAACCAAAGUGUGAUUGCUGUCCAAGUCUUUGAUCAGAAAAAGUUUAAAAAGAAGGACCAAGGCUUCUUGGGUGUUGUCAAGGUCCAGGUUGGCAACGUGUUUGACAUUGCUGUUGGCGGAGAUGAAAUGCUAACUUUAGACUUGAAAAAGUCUAAUAAUAACGAAACUGUUCAAGGCAAGCUUAUCUUGAACAUAUCUACCAAUGUAAAUGCUCCUAUUCGUAAUGGAGUCAAUACACUUGCGUCUAGUUCUCGCCAACCUGCUGAAAGUACGCUACCACAACAACAACAACAACAACAACAACAACAACAACAGCAACAACAACAACAGCAACAACAACAACCAGUACAACAACAACAAACAACUCAGCCAGAAGCCAGUGCUUCAAGAACAGAUGAUGAAAGUAGAAAUAGUGACUUACCUGAAGGUUGGGAGCGUAGAGUGGAUCAUUUAGGAAGACCUUAUUACGUCGACCAUAAUAAUAGAACAACCACUUGGAAGCGUCCUUCUGCCCAAACAACAGAAGAUCAUCAAAGCCAAACUGAGUUACAUAGACGUAGACAUAAUGCUCGAGGAUUACCUGAAGAACGUUCAAGUGCUAACAGUAGCACGACUUCACUUGAGUCCACUGCACAUCGUCAAUCUACACCUGCCGCUGGUGUUACGGGUGUUCAGACCAACAUGACCACUGCAGGUUCGGGACCAUUGCCACCUGGUUGGGAAAUGCGUACAAAUCCCGAGGGUCGUCCUUAUUUUGUAGACCAUAAUACCCGUACUACCACAUGGGUUGAUCCUCGUCGUCAACAAUACAUCAAUACCAUUGGUCCAGGAUCUAAUCUUCAAGUCCAAGUCCAGCCUGUGUCUCAAUUGGGUGCUUUACCUUCCGGCUGGGAAAUGCGUCUGACAAGCACAGGUCGUGUUUACUUUGUAGACCAUAAUACCAAGACAACCACUUGGGAUGAUCCUCGUUUACCCAGUAGUUUGGAUCAAAAUGUACCUCAAUACAAGCGUGAUUUCCGUCGCAAGUUGAUCUAUUUCCGUUCUCAGCCUGCUCUGCGCCCUGUGCCUGGUCAAUGCCAUAUUAAGGUGCGCCGUGACCAUAUUUUCGAAGAUGCUUAUGCUGAAAUUAUGCGACAAGCACCCGCUGAUCUCAAGAAGCGUUUGAUGAUCAAAUUUGAUGGUGAAGAUGGUCUUGAUUAUGGUGGUGUAUCAAGAGAGUUCUUCUUUUUAUUGUCACAUGAAAUGUUCAACCCAUUCUACUGUUUGUUUGAAUACUCUGCUCAUGACAAUUACACAUUGCAGAUCAACCCUCAUUCAGGCAUUAAUCCUGAACAUUUGAAUUACUUCAAGUUUAUUGGUCGUGUGGUGGGUCUUGCCAUCUUCCAUCGUCGCUUCUUGGAUGCUUUCUUCAUUGCAUCUUUCUACAAGAUGAUUUUGAACAAGAAGGUUUUGGUGGCUGAUAUGGAAAGUGUCGAUGCUGAUUUCCAUCGUAGUUUAAUGUGGAUUCUUAAUAAUGACAUUACGGAUAUUCUUGAAUUAACCUUUUCAGUUGACGAUGAUCGUUUUGGUGAAAUGGUGACUGUAGAUUUAAUCGAAGGAGGAAGAGACAUUGAAGUAACAGAAGAAAACAAGAAAGAAUAUGUUGACUUGGUUACUGAAUGGCGUAUUUCAAAGCGAGUUGAGGAACAAUUCAAGGCAUUCAAAGAAGGCUUUAAUCAAUUGAUACCGCAAGACUUGAUCAAUGUGUUUGAUGAGCGUGAAUUGGAAUUGUUAAUUGGUGGUAUUGCGGAGAUUGAUGUUGAUGAUUGGAAAAAACACACAGACUAUAGAGGCUACACAGAACAAGAUGAUGUGAUUCAAUGGUUCUGGAAAUGUAUUCGUACCUGGGAUAGUGAAAAGAAGUCAAGGUUAUUGCAGUUCACCACAGGCACAUCUCGUAUUCCUGUCAAUGGUUUCAAGGACCUUCAAGGCAGUGAUGGCCCAAGACGAUUUACGAUUGAAAAAGCAGGUGAAGUGACUCAACUGCCUAAAGCCCAUACAUGCUUUAAUCGUAUCGAAAUGCCACCUUAUGAGAGCUAUGAAUCACUUGUGUCUAAAUUAACUUUUGCCGUAGAAGAAACAUUGGGUUUCGGUCAAGAAUAAGCAUUUAUUUUCAUACUAUUUUCCAUUACUUUCUCAAUUCAUUUAUUUGCACUAACACAUUUCAUUCCAUGUAAUCCCACUCAUAUUCAUACAAUUUACAUUAAAAAAAAAUAAAUCUGAUAAGAAAAAAAAGAAAAUAUUUUAUUUA